GUACUGACAUGGGUAUGCUAUCUCUCCGAGUACUUGAGACAGGAUUUUAAUAGGCUCUGGUGACUGGGAAGCAACGAAACGGAGCAACGGGAUUGGAGCGACAUCUGUUGUGAUAUUGAAGGACAAUCUGCUGAUGCCAACACCCGGAUAAUGAACUGAAAACGCUCUUUUGAAGUUGAAAGAGGUCCCUUUCUUGUUGUGUUAACGCAAAUUGACUGGACUCAGUGUUUUCAAGUUCUCCUUUCAAGAUGGUUCCAGUUUCUUCAUUUUGUCUUGUGAAAUUACUGCUAACAAAGGGAAGACUGACACAUUGCUUAUUAAGAGAGAGAAAGACUUUCAAGUGCCUAACAACAACCUUCCUGUGUGCAGGACCCAGCACAGCAUGUUUGUCCACUCUGGGGUCAAGCAUUGGAAAAAAAAAUAUCCUCAUCAUGGGCCCUCCUGGAGCUGGAAAAACAACUGUAGGGAGAAUUAUUGGCCACAAAUUGGGACUCCCUGUCAUAGAUGUAGAUGAUGACAUUCUAGAGAAAGCAUGGGACAUGACUGUAGCAGAAAAACUGUCAAAGGUUGGUGGGGAACAGUUUUUAGAAGAAGAAGGCAGAGCCCUUUUAAACUUUACAAUUUCUGGGAGUGUCAUUUCAUUGACUGGGUCCAAUCCAAUACACUCUAGGAGCAUGGAACAUGUGAAACAGAAUGGAAUAGCGGUAUAUCUUGAUGUCUGUACAGAGGACAUCAUUGAGAGGCUUGAGAGAAUGAAAGUUGAUAGAAUUGUUGGGCAAGGUCCAGAUGUUUCAUUGAGGGACAUUUUACAAUACAGACAGCAAUUUUACAAAAAGUGGUAUGAUACACGGGUGCUGUGUGGCGCUGGUGACACACCCGACGAAAUAGCAGAUAAAGUACUUGAAGCAGUAAAGAGAUACCAAGACUCAGAAUCGGAGACCUUUGUUUCAACCAGAGGAUCAAAUACUGGCAAAACGUUCUUCAGUGAUGUCAUUGUUGAGGGUCUGGCCCCAGAUGGAGGGCUGUAUGUGCCCCUGAAUGGUCUUCCGAAGCUCACUUCCAGUGAGUGUCAGAGGCUGGUGGAUAUGUCUUUUCCUGAAAGAGCUCAAGUGCUACUGGAAAGAUGCAUACACCCUGCUGAUGUACCCUCUGCACAUCUGCUUGAGAUAGUGGAACGGGCAUAUGGGGAAAACUUUGCUUGCUCAAGGAUUGCUCCAGUCCGACACCUGAUGCACAACCAGUAUGUUCUGGAGCUGUUUCAUGGGCCCACUGCUUCUUUUAAAGAUUUGUCUCUGCAGCUGAUGCCCCAGCUUUUUGCAUACUGCAUACCUCAAACGUGCAAUUAUUUAGUCUUGGUGGCAACCUCUGGAGAUACAGGUAGUGCAGUUCUUGAAGGUUUCAACAAUCUUAGUGACAUUGAUAAGCAGAGGAUCAGUGUGCUGGCAUUCUUCCCUGAAAAAGGUAUCAGUUCAAUUCAGAAGAUGCAGAUGACUAGAUAUGUUGAAGAAAAUGUAAAAGCAGUGAGCGUCAACUCUGACUUUGACUUUUGUCAAAGAGCAAUCAAAAAGAUGUUCACUAAUGCUGAGCUGACAGGUUUUCUUGCAGUUGAAUACGGUACAGCCUUGACUACUGCAAACUCCAUAAAUUGGGCACGUCUGCUCCCACAGGUGGUUUACCAUUCUUCAGCAUAUUUUGAUCUUGUCAGCCAAGGUGUCCUUGCGUUCGGAGAUCCCAUAGAUGUUUGUAUUCCUACCGGUAACUUUGGAAAUGUUUUGGCAGCUGUGUACGCAAAACGAAUGGGAAUUCCUAUCAGAAAGUUAAUCUGUGCUUCAAAUCAAAAUCACAUUCUUACUGACUUCCUAAGGACAGGGGAGUAUGAUCUCAAUGGUAGACGCCUUCUAAUGUCAGCUUCUCCUUCGAUAGAUAUUCUGAAGUCAUCUAACCUUGAAAGAUAUCUGUACCUCAUCUCAAACGGUGACUGGCAGCUAGUGAGGGAUUUAUACUCCCAGCUAGAAAGGCAGAAUCUUUUUCGGGUGCCAGGGUCUUUACUCGAGAGAAUUCAGCAGGAUUUCCUGGCAGGCUGGUGCUCUGAGGAGGAGUGUUUAGCCACUAUCCAGUCUGUGCACUCCGCGGCAGGAUACAUUCUGGACCCCCACACAGCUGUUGCCAAAGUUGUAGCAGACCGUCUGCAGGACGGGACGUGUCCAGUGGUCAUUGCCUCUACAGCUCAUUACGCCAAGUUUGCACCUGCUGUCCUAAAAGCUUUGAAGUUUAAGGAAGUAACUGCGAAUCCACUACAUCAGCUUGAGCUGCUCCGUUCAUUGGGUUCACUGCCUUCUGUUCAUAACACUUUGCUAGAGUCUCUGAAAGAAGAAGACAAACAGAAGCACAAGGUGUGUGAAGCCGACCACAAUGCCCUCAUCCACCAAGUAGAAACUUUCAUUCAGGAUAAGUUCAUGAAAGUAUGGUAAAGCAGUAAAUGAACAAAGCUCACAUUGAUGCUUUAGGGAAUUCAAAGAACAGUCAGACGAGACUACAAUGUACAAAGUACAAUACAUUUAACUUGCUGAAUAUGCAAAACAACAAUAGGCUUGUGCAUCUUUAAUACGAGAGCUUCCUUCACUAGGGCUGUGCAUCAGUUAAGUCUUCAUGAUACCUCUAGGAAUACAUUGCAUCUAAAUGAAAAUGUGCCUCAUGGUGUCACUACAGCUAAGCUGGACUACAUCUUAAUUAAAUUGGGCUGUCAAAAAAGCCUACAUAAUUUAAAUUGGUAUAAUUAACAGAUUUAUGUGACAAAUAGAACAAAAAAGCGUUUCCCAAGGUCAAAGAACCAUAACACUGCAAAUAUGAUGAAAUAAAGAAAAAACACAACAUUUAAGUAAUUGCAAUAAGAAUUGCUCCGGCUGUUCAUGCCCUUGGUCUCUUUAAAGCAGACAACUAUUGUGUUUGUACUGUAAAGUGAAUGUAUGCCCAUGGGGGCAGGUUGAGACCACUAAUUUAAACUAAUUUCACUUGUGACCUGAGCCAAAUUCUUCCACUUGCUACAUUGGUGAAAAUAAGCCUGCUGCACCACCUAACCCCACAAAAGGUUGUAAUUUAAUGAAUGGAAUCCCCUCUCUGUAUGUGUAUGUCUGUCUGUACUGUAUGUGUCAUAUUCAGGUAUCAUACAUUUUAAUAAACAAAAUCCCUUGCAUCCAAUGAUAGCAGAUGUCCUUGGCCAGUGGUAAUGCAGUUAACAACAAGUUUGGUGACUUUGUAUAUUGUUUGUUUUUAUUAUUCUGUGCUACCUUAUUAAAAAAAACCCGAUGUGGUUCAUAUUGGAUCUUCA